AUGGCGUCCCCUGGCCGGCAACGGAGCGUAGCUCCGCUACGCCUUUUCAGCUCUCCAGUUCUUUCCUUCCUCAUCGUCCCUUUCCUCGUCUUCUUCCUCAGCUUUCCCGCUUCCGCCGCCGCCGCGGGCUCCGGCGUCAUUGGUAUCGAUGUAGGCACCGAAUACUUCAAGGCCGCGCUCGUCAAACCCGGAAUUCCCCUUGAAAUCGUUCUUACCAAGGAUUCGAAACGCAAAGAAACAGCUGCUAUUGCAUUCAAACCCACCAGAGAAGCCAAUGCUCCGUUCCCCGAAAGAUUCUACGGUGGCGAUGCUCUUGCCCUCUCCGCUCGGUAUCCUGACGAAGUUUACGCGAACCUGAAGACACUCCUCGGACUUCCCUUCGAAAAUGGAGAGAACGAAGUCGUCAAGACCUACCAUGAUCGCUACCCUGCUCUCAGGCUGGAAAGCGCCGGUGAACGGGGCACCGUUGGACUGCGCAGCAACCGAUUGGGCGAAGCGGAGAAGAAGGACGCAUUUCUGGUCGAGGAGAUUCUGGCCAUGCAACUGAAGCAAAUCAAGGCGAACGCUGAUGACUUGGCUGGUAAAGGCUCGGACAUCAAGGACGCUGUCAUCACCUACCCUUCAUUCUACACUGCCGAGGAAAAGAGAAGCUUGCAGUUGGCAGCGGAGCUGGCGGGUAUCAACAUCAACGCCUUUGUCACUGACGGCCUGGCCGUUGGGUUGAAUUACGCAACCAGUCGUACGUUCCCCGUUGUCUCCGACGGACAGAAACCCGAGUACCAUGUUAUCUUCGACAUGGGUGCCGGCUCAACCACCGCCAGCGUUCUGCGUUUCCAGGGACGCUCCGUGAAGGACGUUGGAAAGUUCAAUAAGACCAUCCAUGAGAUCCAUGUCUUGGGUGAAGGCUGGGACAGGUCUCUGGGAGGCGACUCGCUGAACGAUCUUAUCGUCGAUGACAUGGUCGCGGCUCUGGCUGAAGACAAGAAACUGAAGGACCGUGUCACCGUCGCCGAGAUCAAGGCUCACGGCAAGACCAUGUCGAGGAUCAGGAAGGACGCUGAGAAGGUCCGUCAGGUCCUCAGCGCUAACACCGAAACUGGUGCGUCGUUUGAGAGCCUGUAUGAGGAGGGCCUCAACUUCAAGUACCGCAUCACACGCUCCAAGUUCGAAGAGCUUGCUGAACAACACAUCGCGCGGGUUGGGACACCCCUACAGCAGGCCUUGGCCGCUGCUGGAUUGCAACUUGACGACAUUGACUCCGUCAUUCUUCAUGGUGGAGCCAUCCGCACACCGUUCGUCCAGAAGGAACUGGAACGCGUCUGUGGAUCUUCCAAGGUUCGAACCAACGUCAACGCGGAUGAGGCCGCUGUGUUUGGAGCUGCUUUCAAGGGUGCCGCUCUUAGUCCCAGCUUCCGCGUCAAGGACAUCCGAGCAAACGAUGCCUCUGGUUACCCCGUGGUGUUGAAGUGGCCUUCUGAGAACAAGGAGAGACAGCAAAAGCUCUUCACCGCUACCUCCCAAGUGGGGCCUGAGAAGCAGGUCACUGUGAAAAACCUGAAUGACUUUGACUUCAGCUUCUUCCAUCAGGUGCCUGUCGGUGACAAUGUAGUUGAGUCACCCCUUCUGGGCGUCCACACCCAGAAUCUCACCGCCUCUGUCGGAAAGCUCAAGGAAGACUUUGGCUGCUCGGAAGCAAACAUCACCACCAAAUUUUCGAUCCGACUCAACCCCGUCGAUGGUCUCCCGGAAGUUGUCAGUGGCUCCGUGAGCUGCGAGGUGGAGAAUGCCAAGAAGGGAAUUGUCGAUGAUGUCAAGGGUUUCUUCGGCCUUGGGUCGAAGAAGGAUGGACAGGAGCCGCUCGGCGAAGACGGAGAGGCCAAGGAAUCCAUCACCUUGGAGCCGGAGGAGCCUCAGGCGUCCACGACAUCGUCCGCUGACGAGACCGCUUCCACCGCGUCUGCCAAGGAGAGCAAGAAAGCUCUGCCUCAAAUAAAACUGGAAUCGAUUCCCAUCAGCUUCACUUCCGCUCCCUUGGGCGUUCCUGCGCCUUCCGCGGAUGAGCUCGCUCGUAUCACGGGUCGCCUCGAUGCCUUUGAUACCUCCGACCGCAAUCGUUUCCUGCGCGAAGAAGCCUUGAACGAACUGGAGGCCUUCAUUUACCGGAGCCGUGAUCUGACCGAAGACGAAGAGUUCGUCAAGGUGCUCAAGGCCGAUCAGCUCGCUGCCCUCAAGGAGAAGACUGCCACGGCCAGCGACUGGCUCUACGAAGACGGUGCUGACGCCACCACCGCGGAGUUCAAGGAACGAUUGAAGGCGCUGAAGGACAUCGUAAACCCCGCACUCAAGCGCAAGAGCGAAAACGCGGACCGUCCGGCACGCGUUGAUAAGCUACAGGAAGCGUUGAAGAGUGCCAAGACGGUGAUCGAUGUCAUGCAGAAGCAGAUCGAUCAAGAUGAAGAACUUUACUCUUCCAGUGUCAGCGCUUCGUCCGCCAGCACUACCGAGUCGUCCUCGACCACUUCUUCCAGCGAGUCGGCAUCAACAUCUGACUCCUUCGAAGACCUUGAGGAAGACCCCUAUGCGUCUUCUUCCUCCACCAAGACCACCACCUCCAUCAAGCCCCAACCCACAGGACCCAGGUACUCCGUUUUCCAGCCCUCCGACCUCACCGGCCUCACCAAAACCUACGAAUCGGCCAACACCUGGUUCGAGGCGCAACUCGCCGCGCAGGAGAAACUGACCAUCUCCGACGAUCCCGCCCUCGUGGUGGCCGAGAUUGAACUCCGCCUGAAGGAGCUCCAGCGCACCAUGAACCGCAUCUACGAGAAGAUGGGCGCCGCGGCAGCGAGAUCCGGAAAGGGUUCCUCCAAGGACCAAUCGUCCAAGAAGAGCGACAAGAAGGAGAACGCCAAUAAGGAGAAAGAGGCCGAGAAGGAGCAGAAGCCGAAGAAAGACCCCAACUAUAAAGACGAGCUUUGA